UCUCCCAUGACAAUCGUUUUCGUGGAUAAUAUGUUCGAUCGCGAAAAGCGACAUGUCCCAAUCAGGUUAAAAAAUGAUUGUAACGUUAAUCGAGUCGCGUGUGAGCCAAAUUUUGUACGGAUGUAAGGAACGAAAGUGUACACGCGAUUUCGCGUUUUACAAUUAACGAGAAUAAAUGAAAGGACGAAGUGACAGGAUGCCGUUGGUCUCGAGGAAUUGUCCUCACAUUGCCAAUCGUGGUGAUCUCGCGGUCGUUGAGAUCGUUGUGUCUCAAAAGGAAAGAUUCAAGAAAUGUAGCGAAUGCGAUACAGACGGGCCUAAUUUGUGGCUAUGCUUGUUCCCGGAUUGUCGAUGGGUCGGCUGUCCAGAAACCCACUUGGACCAUAGCACUGUACACAACCAAAAAUUUCCUAAUCAUUGUGCCCACAUGAAUCUUUCCACGAAUCGUAUAUGGUGUUACUCGUGUAAGAAGGAAGUCAUAACGAUCAGGGGGAUACGGAAAGCACCUCGGUCGCCUAAUCAAGUGGAUGCAAAAGCACAAAAAGACAAGUUUGCUGGUGAUGCACCCAUAAACAUAGAUUGCAAAACAGAUGAUCUUAAUAGACUCAUAUUGGAUAAGUUCUAUGGCGACCUGAUAAAUCGAGUAAAUUACGAGAAAGAUGGAUCGUUUAAUGAAAAAUCUGGUGAUUCACCGGAUAGUACAGAUUCAGAUGAGAGUAAAGAUUUUUCUGGGAAGUUAAGAGGUCUUGUCGGUCUCCAAAAUAUUGGUAACACAUGCUACAUGAAUGCUGCGCUUCAAGCUUUAUCAAAUGUACCACCUCUGACACAAUUCUUUCUGGAUUGUGGUCAUAUGGUUAGCUAUAUGUCCAAAGAUAGAAAACCUGGUUUAAGCUUAAGCUAUUUAAACCUUAUUCGAGACAUGUGGAACAGGAAAACAAGAGGAUAUGUUGUACCACAUGGAAUUUUGUCUGGAAUUCGAGCUGUUCACCCAAUGUUCAGAGGAUAUCACCAACAUGACACUCAAGAAUUUCUAAGAUGUUUUAUGGAUCAGUUGCAUGAAGAAUUGAAGGAACAUAUUGAAGAUGAUCGCGAUAUCGCGUUAAGAUUAAAGGGAUUAGGCGAACAGUCCUCGGACGAAGAAGAGACCGAGAUCGAUGGGACUGGUUCUAGCCAGUCGGAUGCCGAAUACGAAACCUGUGAUUCCGGAGUUAGCGAGCAGAGUUCUCUUAGCGACGAGGGCGAACGUGGUACGAAAAGAAGAUACUCUCGCGUGUCUCAGUCAGAGAAGCUGAGGAGUAAGUUCACGAAUAGAAGUAUAAAAAAAUCGAGCGUGGAUCAACCGUUUUCUCAACCGCAAAGAUCGACGCAGAAUUCGCCUGUAAAAUGCAGGACUAAGAAACAAAUGAAAACGCGAAGCAUCAUCAGUGAUAUAUUCGACGGUAAACUUUUAAGUAGCGUACAAUGUCUUACUUGUGAUAGGAUUUCAACGAGGGUGGAAACGUUUCAAGAUCUGUCAUUGCCCAUUCCGAGUAGAGAUCACAUCGAUAUGUUGCAUCAGGGGCCUCUGACCCCGCAAAAGGCAGGACCAUGUUCAGACGUCGUCUACGUGACUAACCAAUCCGGUUGGUUAUCAUGGUUCCUGCAGUGGAUGCGUUCUUGGUUUUGGGGACCGGUCGUCAGCUUGCACGACUGCCUCUCGGCGUUUUUUAGCGCGGACGAACUUAAAGGGGACAAUAUGUACAGUUGUGAGAAGUGUAAUAAACUGCGGAACGGGAUUAAAUUCUCGAAGGUUUUAGAACUACCCGAAAUACUGUGUGUCCAUUUAAAAAGGUUUCGCCACGAAUUGAUGUUCAGUUCGAAGAUAGCCAGUUACGUUUCGUUUCCCUUAGAGGGAUUAGAUAUGCGACCGUAUUUGCAUAAAGAGUGUGUAUCCAAAGUAACUAUGUAUGACUUGAUAUCAGUUAUUUGCCAUCACGGAACAGCAGGCGGAGGCCAUUAUACCUGUUACGCAUUAAAUCCUAUUGUUAAUAAAUGGUUCGAGUUUGACGAUCAAUGUGUUACGGAAGUCUCACCGGAAACUGUAAAACAUUGCGAGGCUUAUGUGUUAUUUUAUAAAAAGUGGUCGCCGGAGAUGCUGCAGCUGCGUGAUAAAACGAUGGAAUUAAUGGAGAUCUCAUCGAAGGAGGUGUCCGGUCUGAACUUUUUCGUGUCCCGACAAUGGAUAAAUCGUUUCAACACGUUCUCCGAGCCCGGGCCCAUAGACAAUUCCGAUUUUCUUUGUCCACACGGUGGUGUCAAUCCUGUUAGAGCACAAUUUGUAGAUAAACUUAGUAUGCCUAUUCCGCAAGCAGUUUGGGAAUAUUUAUAUAACACAUUCGGAGGAGGUCCGGCGUGUACGCAUUUAUACGAAUGCCCAAAUUGCGAGGAGAAAUAUGAAUCGCUACAGAAAAGGAGGCAGUACGAAAUGGAAGUGUUUCAACAAUUGAACCACAAUACUGACAAUCCUACAGCUAUUUACGGAUUGGCCAUGGCUUGGCUGCGACAGUGGCAAAGUUUCGUAAGGGGCAAAGAGACACAGCCACCUGGACCGAUUGACAACAAUUCUAUUAUAAUAAAUAAAAACGGUCAGAACAUCCUUAAAGUUGGCUCAGAUUACGGGCAAAUACCAGAAGAGUUGUGGCAGUUCUUUUUAACUACUUACGGUGGAGGACCAGAACUAAUGUUACAUUCGUGUCAAAGACCUGUCUCUGCUCAGUCAAACGUAUCGCUACAUUCCACUUCGAAUUCAAAUUUAGAUCAAAGCUUUAAAUCAAGCCGCACGGAAGUAAAAACCAACAAACUGUGUAUGGCCAGGAGUUCGGAGACAAUUUCUCAGCCGGACAGCGCUAUCGAAAGUUUAACUUCGGAUAGUGACUCGCAUCAAACGCAAAGGGACGGCGGCGAAAUUUAAAUGAAAUUUCUUCAAUACUAUUGCUAAGUAUACAAAUUACACUUCCCCAUGGACAUUAAGAUACGAUUGAUCUACUUGUACGAAGGAAGAUUCCAUUUUUAGCUGUCGUGUCUUAGCUGUGUUACAUUUUAUUGUUAGAUUUUUAAAACGAAAAGUAUCUUCUCCGAUGAAAAGGGAACUUGCACAGUCCUAAUUGUACAAAUACAACGUGAACGUCACCGAAAAAUUUUAAAAAGCGUCUUCGUGUCAUUCGCUUGUACGUUCUUACCUUUUUGUUCGUCGGUAUGCGCAAUUUCGAUGUAAAUCCGUGGGUAAUUAUGCAUAUAGUUAGCGGGCAAUUAGUACAAAAUUCGGUAAUCGCGACUGUGCGCAUUAAUUAAAGACGAAUAUUUAGCUAUGGUGUUAACCCAGGCCGGCGACAAAUCGUCAGUCCUCCGACUUCGGUGACAAAUUUAAUACCUUUCUCUCUUUGUACAUUUACUAUGUAAUAUCUGCGUGUCAUUCCUGCAUAUACACAAGAUGUUAAAAGAUCGUUUAAAAUUAUAUAUAUUUUCUGGUUUAUACGCAUUCAUUUAAAAAAAUGAUACAAUGUAUAUUAAAUAUACGCGUAUGAGUGAAAGACUGAAAAAGAUUGAUUUAAUUUAGCAAAAAUUGUUGUUUCAUGAUGAUUGAAAUACGAUAUUGAACGGGAUCUACAGUUUUGCUGAACAAUAGUGAUGCAUUCAAGCUUCGUACUGUAGCUAAUAGAAAAUCUGGAACUUCUACUAUUAGCCCCUGCCACUAUGAUUAUCCUAUAAAUUCAUCGAUCUGUACAUUCUCGUAGUAAAAGCUAGAAACGUUUUCCUUACUCACGGCCUUAUAUCAUUACUAGAAUCAUUCAGUCCAAUCGUCAGCAUUCUUGUUUUUUAUGCAAUAUAUGUUGUAACGAAGUAUUCAUAUUGUAUGCGUGUAAUGGACUGGUUGGGUGCGACUACAAUUUCAAUUAAUGAAGAAGAAAAACGCAGGGACACAAACAAUUGUAAAGUUAUACCAAUUAUUAAUUAUCACUGUGAAAAGUAACAAACCUAAGAUAAAUAAUAAACACGUUGGUUUAUUUAUUAAAUGAUACAUUGGCUCAUUGUGACAUUGUUAAUAUUGUAUUAAAAUAAAUGGUAAAAGAAUUUCCUAUUACGAUAUAGUUAUAACGCGAUUAAGUUCUGUUCAAAAUAAACUAUUUACGAUUA